CUGACUACUAUCUACGAGUAUAUUGAAGAGACUCCAGCAUUGGACACACUUGAAUGCCCAUUGCCCCGAACCCGCCUGCCGCGGAAUAUCUACUAGUAGUCCAGACUGCAGAGCUACCGGGUAGAGCUCGAUCAACCACCCCCCACCACACCCACAGCCACCGAGCACACCGAGUUUGCAAGGGACAGGAACUCUGCUCUGAAAGGCAUCGAUACGGAUACGCAUAAUAUAGAGUAUUCAUCCUCCAUAUUGGGACCCCAACCCGGCAUCUCCACAUCGCACACAAACCAAACCGAAACGAAAGCCCAGCCAGCUCCACGAACCCUGACCGUGUCCCGUGCUUACUAGCUACCUGCCCCGCACCGUCCCACAGCUCCUACAGCUCGCAACAGCUCGUGGAAAGAGCCCACGGACAAGAGAGAGACGGAAAGACGGCGAGACGGAGAGAGACAAAUAGACGGAGAGAGACGGAGAAAAAUAGAGCCGAGAAAUAGAGAUGGAAGGCUCACCGCUGACACUCGCCCACCAAUACGCGUCGCAAGCCUCGAACAUCCUCAGCUCAUCGUCGCCGCCCCACAGCUCGCGCACCCUCGCUGAUGCCGCCUCCGCACACGCGCUCGCCGCGACCUCGUUCGCGUCGGCCACAAAAGUCACCCGCGACCCGGAGGCACGUCGCACGCUCGAGCUUCUAGUCCGCGAGCACGAGCGGUGGGCGGAACGGUUGCGACGGCAGGCCGAGCUUCCGGCCCCGCUGGAGACGGUCGCCGAGGGCAGCGGGAGUGAGAGCGAAUCCACAUCCGCCGCCGGCAGCGUCGCUACCGAGGACCACACACGGAGGAGAGAUCGGGACAAGGACGCGCCGGCACUGCCAUCGUACCCCUUCGCGAACACCUCCGGCACGCCCCACUACCCCGCCCGUCUCCAGAAAUCCACCUCCUCCCUCGCCACCAACCUUGCGUCCGCGCGCGGGAUCCCGCAGGUUCGGGGUAGCACACCGGGUACGGGCACGCCGGGCACAUCAUCGCCGUCCGCGAGUUCCCGCCGCCGACGCCCACCAGCACUGCACCCGCCAUCGUCCGAUUCCGCCAAACCCACCACCAACCCACUGACGCUCCUCCCACCCGACCAGCCCGCUCCCUCCUCCCCCACGAGCGCCGCCUCCCACGACGCAUCAUUCUCAAAGUUCUACUCCUCGCUCAACUCUCUCAUCACCCGCAUCGGCAGCCCGUUCACUGCGUCCCUGGCAUUCACCGGCCUCCCCGUCGGCACCGGCCCAAACGACAACGAGAUCACCCCCGAUGUCCUGCCAAAAGGCUGGACGCAAGGGCGGGGGCGCGGCCGCAACCUCCUCGACAACCUCAGCAGCGGCGGCGGCGAGAGCUUCUACGUGGUGCCGUACUCCGGUGGCACGAUGUCCUACGCAGGCGUAGUCCGGCGGGACUCGAACGAAGACACGGAGAAAGACAAGCUUCCCCGGCGCUCACGGGUGCCGCCCCCGCCGCAAUCCUCAUCGCCCACGCCGUCGUCGCGCGACGAGGAAACGGCGCGCUUCGCGGGCCAUGACAAGACGCUCGAGGAGCUGCAGCUGGAAAACGUCACGCUGCGCCGCACGCUCGAGCAGCUCUCGCGCAACAUGAACAAGUGGCAGCGCAAGACGCGCGAGGGCGAAAAGGAGCUCAAGUCCAGCAUCAUGGCGCUCUCGCGCACUCCCGCGGGUGCGGACAUACUCUCCCAGGCGCAGCGAAGGAGCUGGUUGCAUCUGCCCACUACUACUACCAACGUCGCCGCGGAUGAUGAUGAUGAUGAUGCAGAUACGGAUACGUAUAGCGAGGGUAGAAGGAUUGGCGAGUUGGAGCUUGUCAAGGAGGAGGCGAGAGAGCGCGUCGAAGAGAUGGAUGAGCAUGUUAGGGCGCUGCAGAGGGAGCUAAGAGAGAGGGACGCGGAGAUCGAGAGAGUUGUUAGGGAUAAUGAGAAGCUCAGGGAUGCCGUUGGGAGAUACCGUGAGAAGUGGGACACCCUUAAGGAGGGCGCGAAGAAGAGGGAGAGGAACGGGAAGAUGGUGGGGAGUGGCGGGAACGAGUGAUGAUGGUUGCUCGCGGGGGGGCUCAUGGACAUUAUUUUGAUUUUGCGCUGUUUCUUUGCUUUGAUUCGCUUUGGCCGGUGUUGGGACGACGACAUGUUAUACGUAGGGCGUUUGUUUCCCGCUGCGAGGUGGUUCACCACGGUGCUCCGCAAGGUGCAUUGGUCUCUGGUCGGCCGCACCUGGGCACUCUGUUCAUCUUUUGGCAUAGAAUACACAUUCUAGAAUUUAGCUGUAUGUAUUCGACUGCUGAAUAAAUAUGAGAUUCACUUGUGGGGGUUCUCUGAGAUAUAAUGAACCCGCCGAGGUAUUUA